AUGCCCAUAGCCUCUACACUGGCAGCCGACCCUCCUACAGUGAAUCUGCCUCUACAUGCGCACCACCUUGGACGGCAUGUCGGUCAUGGGAGCUUUGCACUGGGCUCAUUGGAUUAUUCUGUUACGGAAACCCCUGAUAUAUUUCCGGCCGGGCCUGUAGGACACGCUGGCCGUCUGAGGCCCAACUGCACAAUACUCAUACACACUGAUCGUGACCGCGCACCCAUUCAUCGCAAUCUUUCUAAUGAAAGACGAUGCGGCGCCCCUGUUGGGGUCGAUCUGGAGAUUGCAGCCCUUAAGUAG